AUGGGUAGGGCACCAACGGGGAUCCAACAAAUUCGGCCACAUGGGACACAGUUUCAACGGCCAAUGCCUUUACAACAAGCUCAUCCACAAUAUCAACAACCUCAACUCCAAAGGCCGGUGCAGCAACCACAAAUGCAACAACCAGGGUCGGCUCUUGGGCCGGCCAACCCGUGCCGUCGCUCGAGGCCCAAAUUUUCAAAGGGCCCGAAAGAGUUUUUCACGGCUCAAAAGACCAAUGAUGCAAGACGGAGUUUGAGGAGUUUCCAACAACAACAGGGGGAAAUGUUUCAUGAGGCGUUUAAACGGUUCAAUAUGAUGUUGAAAAAUUGUCCUCAUCAUGGUAUACAACUUUGGGAGUUGUUGAAUGCUUUUCAUGAGGGGUUGAGUUCAGAGGAUGCUCGUGAUUUAAUGUCAAUUACUAACGAUACAUUUGGUACCAAUUUUGAGCAUGAUGAUUGGGCAUUUUUAGAGCAAAUGGCGGUUACGUCGAAAAGGAAGGCUCAAUCUUCGAGACGGGCGAGGCAUGUUAUUACAAGACCACAAGUUCAUGGGGUAGAAAAUGGAGGUGUGCAAACUACAAAUCAAGUGUACAAUGUUUGCACUAAUUGCAAUGAAAUAGGUCAUAUAGCGGAAGUGUGUUUGGUAGGAGUGGUUGAAGAUCAAGUAGAGGAGGUGAAUGCUAUUCAAGGGGGUGGUCAUAAUUUCAACAUGAACUCGAACACAUACUAUCCCGGGUUAAGGAAUCAUCCCAAUUUUCGUUAUGGGAACCCGACGAAUCAAGCCAACCCAAAUUUCCAAGGAGCCCAAGGAAAUUUCGCGCCUCGUCAACAACAAUGCAACCAAGGUAAUUAUCGAGGUAGAAACAAUUUUGGCUACCAAGGUCAAUUUCAACAAUCGGGUGGUCAAAGUGGUUCUUCGGGUCAAACUUCAUCAAGCGGGAAUGAAGUUAUGGAUAUGCUCCGAGUUAUGCAACAAGAUAUGCAAAAGAGGAAUCAACUUGAUGAGGUUCGGAUGCAAAAGGAUGAAGUUCGUGACAAGAGCAUUCAAACUGUCUUAAGAAAUGGAAAAGAAUUUAAAGCAAACUUGUCACCGGGUUUGGUUGAUGGGGUGGUUGAGGAUAUUACGGGAAAUGAAAGUGAUGAGGAUGAAGUCUCACCAUCAAUUGUGUCUAAGGACUCUAAUGUUGAAAAAGUAAUUCAAAAACCGGGGUUGGGUGAAAUUUUAAAAGAUAAAAAUGAGGAAGGGGGACCAAGCCAAGUCCCAUUUCCAUCGGCUUUAAUUGACCCGGGUAAGAAAAAUUUUAUUUCAACAAGGGGUCCUCAAAAAGAGGAAUUGUGGGAAGUCUUCAAGCAAGUUAAAGUUAACCUUCCUUUGCUUGAUGCAAUUAAACAAGGGCCCGCUUAUGCUAAAUUUUUAAAAGAAUUAUGCACACAAAAGAGGCAACAAAAGAAAAAGAUGCCUAAGCGGGUUGAUUUGACCGGACAAGUUAGUGCGGUGCUUAAAGGGGAUCUUCCUCCUAAGCUCCAAGAUCCGGGAACGCCGUUGAUAAAUAUUCAAGUUGGGAAUUUUCAAAUAUCAAAGGCGUUGUUAGAUCUCGGAGCCUGA